AUGGCGAGUCAGGCCACACACAGCCCUUCUCGUAUCCCAUUGCCAGUCAGAAGCUCUCCCACCCCAGUCCAUCAUCCUGUCAGUGGGAUCUACCUGAAGGAUUUGACCCAUGGAGAUUGUCUGUCCUCUCCCCAGCAGCUGUUUUCUCUCAACCAUGACAAGGAAAAUGGCAACAUCAAAGUUGACCAACAGAAGCAGCUGCAGUCUCCACAAACACAGAAGGGUAAAGGUUUCCAAACAUUUCUUAUGACAGGGGAGAUGAUAAUUGACACCAACCCAGCUGUCACUGAGAAGCUGGUGAAACAAGAUAGUCAUGUGAAGACAGAUAAGGAGAGCCACAUCCCCAGGUUAGGUCCCAGCGAUCAUAGACUGAUCACUCAAAGUCCUAAGGGACCCAAACCACAACAUCAGCAAUCAAGUGGUACGGCAUCUCCAACACUUCAUUCUCAAAUACCUGGUCUCCUCAAGAAUCACAACGCUCAAAAGCUGCCUGCUUCACCACAUCACCCAGUACACCCUUGUCCAUCACCUGAAUUCAGUGCUUAUAGCCAGAUGACAAUGUCAACUCCUGUGAGAGAUUUUCCCUUGGUUUAUGCACCUGUCGCGGAAAUGGAGGAACUUUCAGACCUCUCGCAGUCAUCCUGCUCUGAGAGUGAGUUAGGUUUGGAUGUGGACCAGACAAGUCUUCCAGUCGGCAGCAGUCUGUCUGAAGGUCAUCUUCUACAUUCUCCCAACACAGAUGAUGCCAGACUGGACCAGGCUGUGGAGAGUUUAAGUAAACUGCAGCCAUCACUGCCAGGCCUCAGCACAGGUGGCUUCUCGGACACAUCCUUCUCAGAGCCACCUAGUUCAGCAGACAGUGGCUUUGUGCAUGAUGGGCACACCUCUGACCUAGAGCUGGCAUCCAGGGGAUUGAUGACUUGUGAGCCCACAUUCUCCAUCGCAGGCAGCUACCUAUCAGAUGAAACCCUCACUGACAGACCAGCAGCAUCAUUUACUGACACCAUGACUUACAGUGUGGGCCCAGUUUGCCAGGGCCAGGACAAAAGCUCAAACCAGACAAUUGUGGCCAGCAGCAGCGGUGAGAAAUUUUCAGUCCACACUGGCAGCACAGAGCAGCGACCUUUAGUUCGUACCAGCAAGUCUCAUGAGAACUACCUGCAGGCAGGAACUAAUAUAGCACUUGUAAGCAUAGACAUCGACGAUAACCUAGCAUAUUCCUUGGAUACUCUGACCUAUCGUGACAGCUUGGAGUCUUCUCUGGAUAAUGUCACCUCAGAACCUCUUCAGAUGUCCAGAAGUUUAGACAACUCUCCAGAGAAAAAGUCUGAUAAAUCUUCAGCCAUUGAGCGAGAGUUUCUACCAGGAUUUAUAAACUUAGAUGACUCAAAACCUUUGAAGUUAAAGCUAAACAAACACAGAGAGGAAUGUGCUGAUGACAGGCUGUGUCAGACAAACAAUUCUGGAAACUUCUGUACAAAAUUUGCUUCACCAACACCAUCAUCUCAUGUACUUCAUCCAUCAAAUGGCACAUCAAUGUUUGUCCCACACAGUGCCGAGGGUCCACUCAACCUCCAUCUACAUGGUGAAGACAUAGACACUGAUGGUCUGUACCACCAGCCCAGCAAGGCUGUUGACCGACCCAGCGCUGAGAGACUGGCCAAGAGGCUUUUCCUUCUGGAAGGAUUUCGUAAAUCUGAUGUCUCCAGACACCUGUAUAAAAAAAAUGAUUUUAGCAAUCUGGUGGCGGAGGAGUAUCUCAAGUUCUUCGACUUCCAGGAGGACACCCUGGACCAAGCUUUGCGCAAGUUCCUGCUGAGGUUUUCCUUGUACGGAGAAACUCAAGAAAGAGAACGAGUACUAGCACAUUUCUCUCACAGAUUCAUGGAAUGUAACCCAGGAUCUUUCAAUUCUGAAGAUGCCUGUCAUACUCUCACUUGUGCAAUUAUGCUGCUGAACUCUGACCUGCAUUCUCCGAAUGUUGGCCGGAGAAUGACUUGCCAGGAGUUUAUUGAAAACCUGGCUGGACUCAAUGACGGAGACAAUUUCUCCAAGGAGGUGCUGAAGGCUAUCUACCAGGCAAUCAAGAGUGAGCCACUUGAAUGGGCCAUAGACGAUGUUUCGCCAGAACAAGAGGGAGCUCCAUUACUGGAGCAGACGGGGCCUCCACAGUCUCCAGUUCUUUCAUCUCUGGGCAGUAAUCCUUUUCUUGAGGUGCCAGACCCCAGCAAGACCACAGAGUACAAAAAAGGUUACGUCAUGCGCAAGUGUUGUAUGGAUGCAGACAGAAGGAGAACUCCUUUUGGGAAGCGGGGCUGGAAGAUGCUGUAUGCUGUACUCCGUGACAUGAUCCUCUACCAAUAUAAAGAUGAGCACCAGUUGAAGAAGGGACAUUUUGUGGAGAGCAGCCACAAUGCCAUCCGCAUCCACCACUCGCUUGCAACCAAAGCCUUGGACUAUACCAAGAAACAACAUGUCUUCAGGCUGCAGACUGCAGACUUGGCUGAGUACCUCUUCCAGACAGGUGACAGUAAAGAGCUGCAAGAGUGGGUGGACACAAUCAACUUGGUUGCAGCCUCUCUGUCUGCGCCUGUCUUGCCUGGUGCCGUUGGUUCCAGAACUAAAUUUCAGCGCCAGCUGUUGCCUUCCUCCUGUACACGAUUGAAUGUG